GAUACAGGGAAAUUCAUGAGAUUCCGCAGGCAUGCGUUUCUGAUGCCAUUACGGAGGAGCCGCCUCAAGCUUAAACAUGAGACAAAGUUGCAAAAGGAAUAUUUUGAAAAGAAACGGCAGCUUAAGAGCAACACCAACACAGCAAUAUCCCAGAGGGUUAGUAAAGCAACAGCUCGAGCAAGCCAAGAUCUCCUUAGUCUGGAAGUGAUCAUGGCAGCUCACAGGGAGAAGAAGAAGCAGAAAAAAGAUAAAAGAGGCCGCACCUCAGAGACCAUUGGUCAUACCACCUUCAAGAAAUCUAGUCAAGCACCAUACUUCAGAGAAAGUUCAUUGAAGCAGCCACAGCACAUAUUUCCAGAGCUCUCUCCCAUCAGACCAAAGGUGUCAGCUGUAAAUCUUGAAAAGAGUGGGCAAGGCAUUCACCUUCACUCAGAUUUAGAAAAUCAAGAGUGUAUCUUCAGCAGAAGGCCUUUAUCAACUUUAUGCACUGAUGGAUGUGAAUCAAAAUCUGACAGACAAAUAAUAACAGACCACGAAGGAAAGUUUUGUUUAAAGGAAAAUGCAUUUCCUCUUGAUCAAACACAUCAAACAUUCUGAAGUUGAAUU